AUGUUGAUUGGGACAGGUAUAUUCUCCUUCCCUUCAAGUCUACUGAAAUCUCUCGGAUCCGUUGGUCUAGCAUUGGUAUAUUGGCCAAUUGGUUUGCUCAUUUCUUUGGCUGGUAUUUCGGUAUAUCUGGAAUUCGCUUCCUACUUCCCCUCAAGAUCAGGAGCAGAAGUAGUAUACCUAGAGCAAGCAUUCAGAAAACCGAAGUAUUUCUUCCCUGUGGCUUUUGCCGUUCAAACUGUAAUCCUUUCUUUCGUCAGUUCGAAUGUGAUCGUUGUUGCGAGUUACAUCUUCAAGAUGACUGACCGUACGCCUUCGGGCUGGGAAUCUAAGGGAGUGUGUAUUGCAGCAUUGACCAUUCUAUGUCUUCCUAUCUGGCUCAGCACCAAAUGGACAUUGCGUCUUUCCAAUUUCUGCGGUGUCGCCAAAAUCAUCACCAUGCUCUUAAUCAUUAUACCAGGCUUUGUGGCAUUAGGUGGUCACCUCAACGCUGUUCCCGAUCCAAAGGCCAAUUUCCGAAACGCGUUUCAGGGCACAACAAAUAAUGGAUAUAAUUUGUCUAACGCUUUGGUCAGUAUCAUCUUCUCAUACGGUGGUUACACCAACUCUUUCAACGUGGCAAACGAAAUCAAAAAUCCGAUCAGGACGAUAAAGAAGACGGCAAACACGGCAGUGAUAUUCGUUGCUGUUUUGUACCUAUUGGCAAAUAUCGCUUAUUUCGCUGUUUUGACUAAAGCAGAAAUUAAAGGAUCGACCCAAGUAACGGCUAAUAUCUUUUGGCAAAAGUUGUUUGGCGCCAGAGCUGCCAAGGGCCUUACGAUCUUACCUGUGCUCAGUGCUUCCAGUAACAUAUUGACUACGAUGGUGGGACAUACCAGGAUGAUUCGAGAGAUCGGUCGACAAGGUGUACUACCUUUUCCCAAAUUCUGGGUUACUACCUGGCCAUUUGGUACACCUACCGGAGCCAUCAUCGCCAUUUGGGUCGUAUCUUUCAUCAUCAUCGUUGCUCCACCAGCAGGAACUGCUUUCAACUUCAUCGUAGCACUCCAAAAUUACCCCUCGUCCUUCUUCUUAGCAUUGAUGACUUUUGGAUUGUUCUUUGUGAGAAGGGAUAGGAAAAACUUAAACCUCCCUAGACCGGAAUAUCGAAGCUGGACCGUGGUGCUUUUGUUCUUCCUAGCCGCGAAUUUAUUCUUGAUAAUCAUGCCUUGGGUACCUCCUCCUGGUGGCAUCAAUAAUAGUUCCUUUGGUUUCUUCUAUGGGGCCUCAUCGUUAGCGGGAUUAGGAAUUGUAUUCCUAUGCGCAUUGUAUUUCGUCCUCUGGUCAAAGCUUUUCCCCAAACUAGGUGGAUACCAAUUGCGUCAAGUAGUUGUUUCCCUUCCGGACGGGUCGCUCUCACAUCAGCUCAUCAAGGUCAGAAAUGAUGAAGUGGACGAAUGGGAUGCGAAGCACGAUCUCAGCGGCAGAUCCUUGAGGGAGUAUGAGUUCCGGGCUUAG